GAGGUACAACUUAUGUUAUAGUUGUAUUUGUGCAGUUUUUUAUAUUGAGAUUUCUAGUCUAUAAAGAUUGAGGUAUUUCUCUUUCUUUCAAUUUCAAUUUCCAGAAAUCUCCUAAUCACUGCGGUCUCACAAGAACAGCUAGUUGGUCACCAAAUGUUCAAGAAUUAGGUGUCUCUAUUAACAAUGGACAAUCUCCUAAAUCUCCUACUGCAAUGAGGCUGAAGAGAAUGAAGGAUGGAAUGAGAGAAAUGAGACAAUGGUGUGACCUUAUGAUUCAAGAAGAAGAUGUUCAAGAAGAAACUGAACCUGAAGAAAACAAGAUUGUAAAGGAUGAUGAGACAGAGAGUGGAGGAGAACCAUUGUGUGAGGAAGCAGUGUGGGUUGAGAGAAUGGGAAGCUGUCUGAUACUUCAUUUCAAAUGUCCCUGUGGUAAAGGCUAUCAGAUUCUGCUAAGUGGAAAUAAUUGCUAUUAUAAACUCACCAAUUUCUGAGACCUUGUUACUCAAGUCAAUUCAGUGAAAAAAAGGACUAACUGGAUUAGAUUCACUAGUCAUAAAAGAACUAGUUAACUUCCAUUUAAUUCAGUAUAGGUUAGCUGCAUUCUUUAGUAUUCUUACAUUAAGUCAGUAUUCAUUUUACCAAUUUGGUAAAAGGUAUUCUUUAGUUUGCUUAUAGUCAAUGUGUAAAAUUGUUUCAUUCCUUUUAGAUUUGUGGAUAUGUUUGCAUAGUGAAGAACUGCCAGUCUUCUUUAGUCAGUUUUUUAGCCAAACUGUAAACUUGUUUCAUUCCUUUUGGAUUUGUGAAUUCAGGGUUUUGUGGAUAUGUUUGCAUAUAAUGAACUGAUGUUAA